CCGAGCGCCGGUCCCAGCGCCCGCAGCCAUGCCGGCCCCCCGCGCCGCGCGCACCUGUGCGCUGCUCGCCCUUUGCCUCCUGGGCAGCGCGGCCCAGGAUUUCGGGCCGACGCGCUUCAUCUGCACCUCGGUGCCCGUGGACGCCGACAUGUGCGCCGCGUCCGUGGCCGCCGGCGGCGCCGAGGAGCUCCGGAGCAGCGUGCUGCAGCUCCGCGAGACCGUGCUGCAGCAGAAGGAGACCAUCCUGAGCCAGAAGGAGACCAUCCGCGAGCUGACCACCAAGCUGGGCCGCUGCGAGAGCCAGAGCACGCUGGACGCGGGCGCCGGCGAGGCCCGGGCCGGCGGUGGCCGCAAGCAGCCCGGCGCGGGCAAGAACACCAUGGGCGACCUGUCCCGGACGCCGGCCGCCGAGACGCUCAGCCAACUCGGGCAAACUUUGCAGUCGCUCAAAACCCGCCUGGAGAACCUCGAGCAGUACAGCCGGCUCAAUUCCUCCAGCCAGACCAACACCCUCAAGGAUCUGCUGCAGAGCAAGAUCGAUGACCUGGAGAGGCAGGUGCUGUCUCGGGUGAACACUCUGGAGGAGGGCAAGGGUGGCCCCAAGAACGACACGGAGGAGAGGGUCAAGAUCGAGAGCGCCCUGACCUCCCUGCACCAGCGGAUCAGCGAGCUGGAGAAAGGUCAGAAGGACAACCGCCCUGGGGACAAGUUCCAGCUCACAUUCCCGCUGCGGACCAACUACAUGUACGCCAAGGUGAAGAAGAGCCUGCCGGAGAUGUACGCGUUCACCGUGUGCAUGUGGCUGAAGUCCAGCGCGGCGCCCGGGGUGGGCACACCUUUCUCCUACGCCGUGCCGGGCCAGGCGAACGAGCUGGUGCUCAUCGAGUGGGGCAACAAUCCCAUGGAAAUCCUCAUCAACGACAAGGUGGCCAAGCUGCCCUUUGUGAUCAACGAUGGCCAGUGGCACCACAUCUGCAUUACCUGGACCACCCGGGACGGGGUCUGGGAAGCCUACCAGGAUGGCACCCAGGGUGGCAAUGGCGAGAACCUGGCACCCUAUCACCCCAUCAAGCCGCAGGGUGUGCUGGUGCUGGGCCAGGAGCAGGACACUCUGGGCGGUGGGUUCGAUGCCACCCAAGCGUUCGUGGGCGAGCUGGCCCAUUUCAACAUCUGGGACCGCAAGCUGACCCCCGGGGAGGUGUACAACCUGGCCACCUGCAGCAGCAAGGCCCUCGCGGGGAACGUCAUCGCCUGGGCCGAGUCCCACAUCGAGAUCUACGGGGGGGCCACCAAGUGGACAUUCGAAGCCUGUCGCCAGAUCAACUGAGGCUCCUGCCGGCCGAGCCUCCCCCCUGCUUGUGUGGUGAUGACCCUCUUGUGUCUCCUUCUCUCCCUCUCCCCAGGAGUGACUCAGGCCCUCACACGCCCAUGCGCACGCACACGGCCUGGCUCGCCCUCGUGCCCCAGGGGAGGCCCUGCUCCCCUGGGGGAGCCCACUCUGGUUCCCCGCUCACGCUCACAGGCCCAUGUGGCCGUAGGUGAGGUCGUGUGUGUGUGUGUGUGUGUGUGUGUGUGUGUGUGAGUGUGUGUGUCUCGGGGAGGCGCUUUCUUUCAGAAUGAGCUAGCUCCUUUCCUCCUCCCUCCGCGGUGUCGGGAAACCCCGAUGGGGCAAACAUGUGAACCUGCCAAGCCUGGGCCGCCCGUGGGCCCCAGGGCCGCGUGGCUUCUUCCGCGCCCGCGUCUGUCUUCGCAAACCCUGUCUGGCGCGGCCGGUCUCUGUGUGGGAUGAUACGUGCCUCUCAGCGGUCGGCUCGAGGCCGGGGGGCCUCUCCGCAGAGACUCUCUCUCGUAGCAGGAGCGGAUCGUCCCCGAUGGGGCCCUGGGGUGGCAGCUCCUGCUCUGUGGCCGGGCGCGGGGCGGGGGCGGGGGGCCGGCCUCGGGCAGCGGCCAGUGCCCGCCCAGCUGGUUUGCAUGCCCAGCUCUCAGCUCGGCCCAGCACCGGUGCCCGCCCCCAGGCCCGCGGGCUCGUCCCUCCCUUGCUGCUGCAGGCUGGCGCCUCUGGGGGGAGGGGUCCCUCCCAUGGCCCAGGAGGCCCCCUCGCCUUCGGCCUCGGGCGGCGGGACCGGAGGCGUCCGCGGGUCAGCUCCACGGAGGACCCGUUGGACCAGGAAACCCACGUUCUGAUUAAGACCCAGCCAGGUCGGGCCCCUGAUGCUGGACGUGCGCGGUGGUGAGGUCCAAGCUCAUCUUGACAGCCCCCUUCCUCCCGCACCCCCGGGGCCUGCGGGCUGGCGGCCAGUCCUCCCCGGGGCAGGGCCUCCCGAUGCCUCCACACAGAGCCUGGCAGGGCCUGAGACCCGCUCCCCAUCACAGGUCCUGCAGGGGCCCCCACCCGUCACCAGCUGGUGACCCCCAGGCCCCCCAGAACCUUUCCUUCCCCGCCGUGAACAGCACCCAUACACAUUUCCUCCUAGUCCUUCCGAGGCGGGGGGGAGCGUAUGUGUGUGUGUGUUUGUGUGUGCACGCGUGUCGAGAGUGAGAGUGAGAGAGAGAGAGAGAGAGAGAGCUCGCGCUCCAAGACGGAUCACGCCCACGGUGAGCUCCCUGCUCUGUUGUACCAUCUGGGGGUCGCACCCUGGACUCUGUCGCCAGGAGUCUAAUUAGCAAAAGGCUGGCACGUCUUUCUAGAAAUUCUCCCGCACUGCCUGGCUCAUCUACAGCUGCAGACAUUUCUUCUGGAGGAGCAGGUGUUCCCAUCUUCUGUCCCUCCCGGGGGCACCUGUCUCUUUAAACGCAGGUCCGUGUUGUGUCGGAAACCUAGUGCAUCUGUGUGUGUCUGUGUUGUUGUCUCUGUGUUAGUGUUCGCGUGGGCGUCCGCGCGGCACCCAGUGGCCGUUCCCCAGAAUGGGUGCGGGCCGGGCGCGCGCGCUGCGUGUUGUGGUUCAACAGUGGCUUUUUUCUGAGACCAUCGUGCUUCGUCAGAGCCCGUCGGGUUGUGGCAUCUUUGGAUCUGCAGGGAUCUUCUGUGUUUGCAUGUUCCUUGGGGUGGCGCGUCCCUUGCUCCUUUGGUCCGAUGUGUGUCCCCCCUGCCUGCAUGGACUUCUGGUUCUGUGUUGUGUGCGCACUGCCACCCGUCGUUCCGUGACCAUCCACGUAGCUACCGAAAAUGGCUGGAUAAGCAAGCCAAGGGUGUCGGGGGAGGCCCGGCGAGGGAGCCGUCUCCCUCCCCUCCUCCCCACUCCCAAACACAACAAGAAGUAUUUUUCACAUGUAGGUUGACAAGGAGCCUAAACAGAGCCCUUGACUGGGACGGAGCGAGAGCUUGGAAUCACCCCUCUAGACAGGUCGGCCCCACCCCUCACUUCAGCCCCCGGCGGCUGUUGCUUAGGCAGAGGCCCGGGGGGGUGCUGGGUGCUCCCCUGUCAGCACCUGCCACCAGCCCCUGCCGAUGAUCUAGCGGACCCCAGACCACCGUGUGCCCCCCGCGGGCCCUGUGGGAGCUGUCCGUGCAGGACCACAAGCCAUCCUCUGCCCCCGCCAGAGCCGGGCAGAGCCGACCCCAGACGCUAUGCCUACACCCCUGUGGCCCCCGUGCCCCGUGCACCUUCCUCGCCCUCCCCGGCCGCACCCCCGCGGUGCCGGUGACAGAAGCUGACAUUUGGCUCCCUCCCCGCCCCUCUCCGGAGCCUGUGCCAAGCCCCUUGACUCCCUCACUGUGUUCACACUUGGCACGUUGCUGGCCCCGAGAAAGGUUGAUGACACAGCCACAGAUCUAAUCCACGUAGUCUCCCAUCUCCUUAAUCUGACCGACGCUCCCUCUUGCACUGAAUACCACAUGCCUAUCUCAGGUAAGCCGUUUUAUAAAAUAAGAAGAUGCACAGCACUGCCGAGGCGGUGUUGGCUCUUGCCGAGCUGGUGUCCCACAGCUCCCCGGGUGUCCGAGCUGGGGGAGCUGCCGACAGAGGCUCUCCGGGCCCUCGGGGCUUAGAUCCCACUGGAAUCGUAAGCCUUCUUGCUUUUGAUAACACAGUAUUAUUUCUCUUACUGUAGAAGAAAAAAGUUUAUUACCAAACAAGAGUAUUUUUAUGAAAGAAAAGGACAAACCUAUAAAAUUAACUCAACCUAUAUCUCCCUGGAAAAUACUUUCAGGCUCCGCCAAAAUGUAGGAUUGAAAGCGUGUAUUUUGGAAGAAAGAGAUACAUUUUGUAUGCUUUCUUUUCCUUUUUGUAGAUUCCCGGUUUAUUUUCUAAGACUGCAAAGAUCACUUUGUCACCAGCCCCGGGACCUGAGACCAAGGGGGUGUCUUGUGGGCAGUGAAGGGGGGUAGAGGCCGGCGUGAGGUUCAGUCAUUCCAAUGAGCUCCAGAGAGGGGCCACGUGUGCUCAGAGGUGUUGGGGACCAGGAUGCGAAUUGGCCCAUUCGUGGUGGACCCUUUGCCUCGGAGCCCAUCAAGUCCAGGACUUGAUGGUCAGUUCCAAUCCCGGUAGAAGAAACUAGGGUUGCGUGUUGUUAACACGAAGAGGAUAGAACACUUUAUAAUCUCAUGGCAACCAAAAUGUGGCUUGACACAGCCGUGGUUUCAUCUCUUAAAACACAGCGUGUACAUUUAUUCAGCUAAUGAUGGGAAACGUGUCACUUCCGGGCACAGUGGACUUAAGUGCAAUUUGUCCAAAGGGAACAAGUCAUUGAGGAGGAAAAAAAAAAAAAAGCCCAAUACUUAGAGUCCCGAUCUUGUCUUAUUUGCCAAAAACAAACAAAUCCAACAAAGCAAACCCCCUCUGGUUGAUAUUGUUACAAUGUAUAUACUGUAUAAUAUGAAAGAGAAUCAAUGUAUCUUACUUUUUCAUUAUUUGCUAACCAAAGCUGUACAUUUUUCAUAUGAUCUGCAGCCUUUUGGGUAUCAAAUGGGUCAAAACCAUGGGACCUGCCACCUCCCAUCAGCAAUUCUGGAAAUGCACUAUUUCUACUGGUAUUGCUUUUUUUUUCAUUUUCUUGCUGAAACGACAUGAAUUGUUGAGUUUAUUUUUACACAGUAAAGAGUGAAGAAAGAC